GGUCUCAGCAUCCAGCCACCACCAGUGGCCACUGCUACUUGGUACUUGACAGGCCAAAGAACCUAGCACGAGGAAACAGGGGAGCUAGCCUCGGGCGAUGGGGUCCGCACGGUGGCUCCUGGCCGCGGCGGCGGCGGCCGUGGUGCUGCUGGCGGGAGGCGCGAUGGCGGCGGCGCCCCGGAAGCCGGUGGACGUGCCGUUCCAGAAGAACUACGUGCCUACGUGGGCGCAGGACCACAUCCACUACGUGGACGGCGGGCGGGAGGUGCAGCUGUACCUGGACAAGUCCACGGGGACGGGGUUCCAGACCCGGGGCUCCUACCUCUUCGGCCACUUCAGCAUGCACAUGAAGCUCGUCGCCGGCGACUCCGCCGGCACCGUCACCGCCUUCUACCUGUCGUCGCAGAACUCGGAGCACGACGAGAUCGACUUCGAGUUCCUGGGGAACCGGACGGGGCAGCCCUACAUCCUGCAGACGAACGUGUUCACCGGCGGGAAAGGGGACCGGGAGCAGAGGAUCUACCUCUGGUUCGACCCCACCAAGGAGUACCACUCCUACUCCGUCCUCUGGAACCUCUACAUGAUCGCGUUCUUCGUGGACGACGUGCCGAUCCGGGUGUUCAAGAACAGCAGCGCUGACCUGGGUGUGCGGUACCCGUUCAGCCAGCCGAUGAAGCUCUACUCCAGCUUGUGGAAUGCCGACGACUGGGCGACCCGCGGCGGCCGCGAGAAGACGGACUGGUCCCGGGCGCCCUUCGUCGCCUCCUACCGCGGCUUCCACGUCGACGGCUGCGAGGCCUCCGCCGAGGCCCGGUACUGCGCCACCCAGGGCACCCGGUGGUGGGACCAGCAGGAGUUCAGGGACCUCGACGGCGCGCAGUACCGCAAGCUGCGCUGGGUCAGGGACAGCUACACCAUCUACAACUACUGCACCGACCGGGACAGGUAUCCGGCCAUGUCUCCCGAGUGCAGCCGCGACCGCGACGUCUGAUCGAUAACCCCCGCGCAUCGAGAUUCGCGUACGAGCGAGUUUCUGUGGUUUUAAGUUUGUUUUGGCGAUUGGUAAUUUGGUAUUGUCAUCAUCUUGCCGAGGGUGCUGCUUAGUUUGUUAUCAGCAGCAGCAGCAGUCCGUGUAUGCUACUUACUGUGUGUGAGGUUCAUGAUCUUCAGAGAGGCCGUGGCAUGUGCGUGUGCGAGCACAUACAUGGAUACUACUGUGUUGUGUGGUCUCAGAGCAGAAUCAAUUGAUAUUGGCAUUGCAUUGGUGUAA